AUGGAGAAAAAUCAGUCAUGUGAAAGAAAUUUGACUGGUACCUUUAAGAAGGAGGCCAACAAAACCGGUGAAGAUUCGCCUGAACUCGGCUUGGAUUACAGCGUCCCUCUGACAGUAAUAGGCUUCGCUGUGUUGGUUUCAAAUGGCCUUGUUUGUAUACUUUUCUGCCGGUUUCGUACCCUUCGAACGAUAACAAAUACUUUCAUUGUCAGCCUGGCGAUAAGCGAUCUCAUGGUGGCCACCGUCUUCCUCCCGACAUAUCUAGCUGGUCUGGCAGUCAGUCCCUAUAUUAUUGCCUACAUACUGUUUGCAUAUCUUUUUAAUUUCUGUGGCAUAACUUGGGACAGGUACCAAGCCGUUCUCAACCCCCUCAUGUACAGGUCAGUGAUAACACGUGCGAUCGUUUACAAAAUCUUGGCCUUGGUGUGGACCAUACCUUUAUUAUUGGCGAUCAUACCAAUUUUCUGGGAGUAUCGGAACGGUGUUAAAUUACUGGCAGGACGUAUUUACCAAGGAGUCUUGGUUGCUCUGGUCACCCUGUGUUCAGGGUUUAUCUGCUGGGCGUAUGGAAGGAUUUUUGGUGCCACGCGACGUCAAGUAAAACAAAUGAUUGAAAUGCACGAAACAAACGCACGGUUUGAACACAAAGUCCCGCCCGACAGACAAUCAGGGCGAUCAAUGCGAAAGAGACGGUCAAUUACCAUUUCCACUGAAGUGAAAGCAGCCAAAGUUUUUGCUCUUGUAGGAGGAACCUUUGCAGUUUGUUGGCUACCUUUGAUAAUUAUCAACGUGUUUUCCGCAUUAGGGUAUUCCCACAUAAUUCCAAUUGCAUUUCUCCACGUCUCCCUUUUUUCACUUGUUGGAAAUGCUUUAGCCGACCCUUUAAUUUAUUCAUUUUACAAAUCGGACUAUAGACGAGCUUUUAAGCGAUUUUUUUGUGGUAAAAAACAAGAUAACGACAAAUUUGGGAACUCAAUCACUACAAGGAAUUCUGUUCUGACAGAAGAAAACAGUGAUAAAAUAGACGAAAAUCUUAUUUAG